AUUGUAGUGUCAAUGUAUCAGUUGUCACUAAGUCGAACAACACAGACCACAAUGUUCAAGCUGGUGGUGUUGUGCACUCUCCUGGCGGCGGCGGCAGCCAAGCCCGAUCUGCUCUUCCCGACCGCCUACACGACUACUUUGGUGGAGCCAGCGAAGACUACGAUCUCGCAGCAGGCCAGCAGUGUCAUCCAUCCAUCACCAUUGUUCUACUCUGCGGGGUACCCCUUCGCUCAUUUCAUCAAAAAGCGAUCACCGGGCUUCUUCGCACCCACGACAUACAUCGCUAGCGCCCCCCUAGCUACUACUUAUUCGUACCCCACAUCGUUCGUCCACACAACACCGGUGGUGCACUCAUCGUCCGUCUUCACCACAGCCCACUUGAUCAAGAAGAGGUCUGCUGCCUUGCUCGCCGCGCCUGUCCUCGCUCACAACACUUAUUUAGCCAGCACUCCCGUCGCUACUACCUACUCAGCUUCCUACAUCAAUGAAGUACCUUUGGUGCACACUCCCCUCUCCUACGUUACACCUGCCCAUUUCAUUAAGAAGCGCUCUGCACCCCUGAUCACCUCCUACAUUGCUCCCACUACCUACGCGUCUUCUUGGUACCCUGGCACUUAUGCCGCUGCGGCUCCCUUGAUCUCUACUCCAUACAUUUCAACCUAUCCCUUUGGCUACCCUUCUUAUUUCUUCAAGAACGCCGUAAACGGUGUGCCCCUUGAUACACCUGAGGUUGUUUCAGCUCGCCUCGCCCACUACCAAGCCAAGGCGCUUUCUGGAGUCCAUCAUCUCCGCAAGCGCUCCGUAACGCCUUUGGCCUACAGCUCGCUAGUCUCCCCUGUCACUCACGGCGCUGUUGUAUCCCCUGUCGCUCCUCUGACCUACUCCUCCUAUUCUCCCUACGCGUACUCCGCGUACUCUGCACCCGCCUUGGUGUCAUCUCCUCUCGCCUAUUCCGCUGUACUCCCUAAAGCUUACGGCGUCCACGCUUGGUAGAUAAUGUAAUCUGUGAUAAACGACCAUUUAUAUAAUGUACUAUGAAUUAUUUUUCGAAAUAAAUGUUUUCAGUUUUAAAA